GUCACUAGUUGCAGAAGGCGAGUGAUAAUAUUAAAAGUUCACGGAGCGCACUUUGUACGUCAAGAAAUAACGGCUUAUCUAGUUGUUUUAUAGUCAGCAGGCGUUAAUAAACCCAUGUCAACAGAGCAAUACCGGUGAUGGAAAGAAAGCUAAUGUCAGUUCAUGGUGUAUAACGUAGUUAGCGGACAAUGGGACCUGUCAAACUUAGCCAAACAACCAUCUGGUGCGUACCUCCCAUUCCCUAGCUACUGUCUGCUAUGGGUGUUAGGAAGAAGUGCAGAUUCAGUUUGACGAUGUCCUCUUAACAACAGCUGUCCUCUCUCAAACACUGAUCCUGGCAUCCCUGCAUGGCGUGCCCCGUCCAGUUCCUGUGCCGGGGGCUUCGCACUGUUGGACUAGUUCUCCUGUACUAUGUCUUUUCUAUAGGCAUCACGUUUUAUAACAAAUGGCUGAUGAAGGGAUUCCACUAUCCGCUCUUUAUGACGUUGGUUCACCUCGCCAUCAUCUUCUGCCUGUCGACUCUGACGCGACGGGCCAUGCAGUGGCGGACAGGGAAACCCCGCAUCAUUUUGAGCUGGAGAGAUUACUUCUACAAAGUGGCACCCACAGCCUUGGCCACAGCACUGGAUAUUGGACUUUCCAACUGGAGCUUCCUGUUCAUCACCAUUAGCUUGUACACCAUGACCAAGUCCUCCGCAGUGCUCUUCAUCCUCUUCUUCUCCCUGGUCUUCAAACUAGAGGAGCCGAACCCAUUCCUGAUCCUGGUGGUCCUGCUGAUCUCCAGCGGUCUGUUUAUGUUUACAUAUGAGUCGACCCAGUUCAACAUGGAGGGCUUCAUCAUGGUGCUGCUGGCGUCCUUCAUAGGCGGGAUCCGCUGGACCCUCACUCAGGUCCUCAUGCAGAAAGCAGAGCUGGGCCUUCAGAACCCAAUAGACGCCAUGUACCACCUACAACCUCUCAUGUUUCUUGGCCUCUUUCCCCUCUUCCUCUUUAAUGAAGGGCUCAGCCUCAGCAUGUCAGAGAAGUUAUUCCGGGUGACGGAGCUCUCACCUCUCCUGUAUUCAGUCUUCACGCUGAGUAUCGGCGGCGCACUGGCCUUUGGUUUAGGCUUCUCAGAGUUCCUGCUGGUCUCCAGAACCUCCAGCCUCACAUUAUCCAUAUCAGGGAUCUUUAAGGAGGUGUGUACUCUGAUUUUGGCAGCAGCUCUGAUGGGAGACAAAAUGAGCAUGCUUAAUUGGCUGGGAUUCGCUGUAUGUCUGUGUGGCAUUUCAUUGCAUGUGGGACUCAAGACAUAUUAUUCCAGAAAUAAGGGGCCGUCUUUAAGACAGCUCAACAGUAAGAGCCCAGAGCUCGAGUUGCCAUUACUGCGGCUGAAUGGAGACGAAAAAGACGAUUCGGCCGCUGAAGACGAGGAACAAGAAAUCACUCUGCACUGACAUCACAGGAAACGGGCCACUGAUGUCUAAACUGUCUUUAUACUAGUCAUUCCUUUUACCAUUGGACGGUUGGAACAGUGACGCCAAAGCUUUAGAACGCCCAAAAACUGUCAUGUUUGGGAAACACUGCCACAAAAAAAGAGGAAGCAGCCUCCUCAGCUCUUUUCCUCCAUCGAUCAUGUCUUGUGGCCAGGCCAGGGCCUCAUUAUGUAGCUUACAUUAUGACAAAAGUUAUGAUUUUUUUGCCUUAGGGGAGCUUCAAAAAUGUAGCUUAAACAUUCAAGUGUCAUCAAAGUAUGAUGUAUGGAGAGAGAGAGUGGGUGUUAAAGGGAUACUUUGACACACUGAAUUAUAGCGGGUCAUUUUUCUCUGCUAGAUACUUGUCACACAGUGGGAAUAUCCCCUUAACGCUAUACAUAUGUGUGCUUUUAUAACGUUAAUAGCAUUUUAAGUGGCACAUAUUGCUACAGAAUGUGGUUCAGGAAAAAUGGACUAUAAUUCAAAGUGUGCUAUUAUCCUUAUAAUACAGAGUGGGAGCAGUGGUAACCAUAUUUCAAAUUACCUUAUUUUUUUCCCCUUAAAUAUGUAGCAUUCUGAAGUAAGGGUUGACUGAUAUUGGUUUUUCAGGGCCGAUACUGAUACCGAUUAGUAGAAGUUAAUGAGACCGAUAACUGAUAUUAG